AUGGCUGAUGAAGAUGACCCUAAAGAGUAUCGAUGGGAAACUGGUUAUGAAAAAACUUGGGAGGCUAUUAAAGAAGAUGAAGAUGGAUUGGUUGAAAGCCUGGUGGCUGAAUUUGCCCAGAAAGCAGCACGUAAAGCAGCUGCUCCUCGUAAGGGUCCAGUCAGACUUGGCAUGAUGAGGCAUUUACUUUUAGCCAUAGAUUGUUCUGAGGCUAUGAGCUCCCAAGAUUUGAAACCUUCACGGUUUCUGUGCACAUUGAAGUUGCUCGAGAAAUUUGUUGAAGAGUUUUUUGACCAGAAUCCGCUCAGUCAGCUUGGUUUAAUAGCAAUGAAGAAUAAGAGAGCUGAGAAAAUAACUGACCUAUCUGGAAAUGUCCGGAAACAUAUUAAAGCCAUACAAGGUUUAUCCAACACUCCGCUGACUGGAGAGCCAUCAUUACAAAAUACGCUAGAGCUGGCUGGGCGAAUCUUAAGGCCUCUGCCUGGACACGCGUCAAGAGAAUUACUAGUGCUUUUCGCAUCCCUUACAACUUGUGAUCCAAGUGAUAUAAACACUACCAUAGAAACACUAAAAACAGAUGGAAUUAGAUGUUCUGUUAUUGGUCUAGCUGCUGAAGUGCGGAUUUGCAAAAAAAUGUGUCAAGACACUAAUGGAGAUUAUGGUGUGGUAUUAGACGAUUGUCACUACCAGUCACUGCUACUAGAGUACACGUCGCCGCCGCCCCGCGCCCGCUCGUUGGACGCGGGCCUGGUGAAGAUGGGCUUCCCGCAUUCAACGCCGCUCGAGGAACAAGCCGACCCAGGGGCUAAUGUCGAUCCACCUAUUACUGUUUGUAUGUGUCAUUUAGAGGAAGGCGAAGGUAUAGGCGGCGAGGGUCACCUGUGUCCGCAGUGCCGCUCCAAGUAUUGUUCGUUGCCAGCUCAAUGUCGCACCUGCGGCCUGACACUCGCAUCAGCACCACAUCUUGCAAGAUCAUACCAUCACCUGUUUCCAGUGGAACCGUAUGAAGAAUUAGAUAAUGAUGGCCAGGCGCAGUAUUGUUUUGGAUGCUUAAGAACCUUCACCGAUAUAGACAAGAAGAUACAUCGUUGUCCCCGAUGUAAAGAGUACUACUGCUGGGAGUGCGAGGGCGCGGUGACGGCCACGCUGCACGUGUGUCCCGGCUGCGCCACCAGACCUCAUUUGUACCAGCGGCUACCAAGCACGACCUCAUCGUAAUAAAUGAAUUAAUAAAUGAAUUAAUAA